GUCGCGGCAUUCUCAGUCAUAGCUCGCACGAUACGGAGACUCGUCCUAUUUCUUCGAUUGAAGCUCGAUGAUGCCUUUGUCUGGUUUGCAUUGAUAUGUCUCGGUGUAGCUUGCGCAAGUUACUUUGAGAUGAUAUACACCAUCAUAUUGGAAGAGGCAAUAGCUAUGGAUCCCGAUGUCAUAGUUCCCAUCAAUGAGAUUGCCGCUAUACUCUCGUCCAUCACGUACAUCGAUAUCUUUCUUUGUACCGUCUGGACUUGUACAUUCUCUGUCAAGGCAUCCUUUCUGGCGCUCUUCUGGCAUCUGAUUCAUGGCUUGUCGAAGCAGAUCAAUACCUAUUAUUGGGUCGUCGUUGGUUCUGUCCUUGCCAAUUGGUUGUUCUUGGUCGUGGAGGCGUUCAUUCUUUGUCCUGAAUUUGGGGAAAAGGCUGUCAAAUGUUACCCAGAAGACAAUUACUUCAAGACCCUUCUUCUAACCAUCCUCAUCACCGUUUUGGAUGUCACAACCGACAUCAUGAUCGCCAUUAUCCCCAUUCUUAUCCUCCGCAAAUCUCGCACGAAGCUCCAGCAAAAGUUCUCCCUCGGCAUAUUCCUCUGCCUCUCCUUCAUCAUGGUGAUCUUCGCCCUUACCCGCGUAGGCGGUCUCAAACGAGGCGACAAAGUAGACGUAACAUGGGCCAUAUUUUGGCAAUUCUCCGAAGGCUGCGUAGCCUGUAUCAUGGCAUCCAUCGUUCCCUUCCGGACCCUCUUCGUCACCCUCGUAUCCCGC